AUGAUGCUGUUCAAGCAAGAUUCGACGCUCUCAUCGUCGGCGUUUUCGUUGCUGUCAUCAUCCUCACGAAGUCUGAUGUCGGAUAUGGGGAACUGGGAGGACGAAGAUACUUGCCUGGACAAGCUCAAAGCGUUUUGCUCCGAAAACAGAUACCAUAUUUCUUCGGAACUGAUUUUCCGCAUUGCCAUAUUCCACGACUUUGACUGUGAGGAUGCCAAGGCUUCUAUUGAGAAAAGUGCUGACAACAAGUAUUUGCAUCUUCGCAUGCACGAAGAACUUGCAGAGCAGUUUGCAUCCAGCCUGCUCCUCGCCCUACCAAAGCUUAGAACAAGAAAACAUAAUUCGAGGGUCAUCUACAUGCGCCCGUCUCAAUAUCAGCCUUCGCCUGAAAAUGAAGAGUUGAUGAUAAAGAGUAUUUGCUAUACUCUGAACGACUGCAGCAAAUCUGAAGCCGAUUGUCGAGAUGGUGUUGCGAUGGUCAUCAACAUGAAUGGAUGGAGUACUGAAAACUUCGGUCCAGGUGUAUGGAACCGAUUCCUGCAAGCGUUGCAAGGAAAAUUUGUUCCAACCAAGGUCAAGGCGGUUCUAAUCACUGAUGCUCCGAAAGACUUUGUUACUGUAUGGAGAGUCCUCAAAAAGUCACUACCUUUUAGCUUUUCUAGGAUCGUGUAUCUAAUCAAAGAGGCGAAACUAGGGGGAUACCUUACGGAAGGCUAUGAAGAAUACAUGCCUAGUGAUUUCUGUGGGACAUGGAGAGACGCAAAAGAGCUAUGCGAAGACUACGUUGAUCAAAAAGCAUACAACGAGCAAUAA